CAAACGCAUCCUCCCCAAAGCCCAAAAAUCUGAGCUAAAAUGGAGAUUCUUUCACCUUCCCUAAAUUCUUCCAUGGCUGGACUUGUUUCCAUACUUCUUUUUUGCUACUACCUGUUAAGGAGGUCCAGAGUAAUUCGCCCGGCCAAAUUUGCUCCUUUCCCCGCCGGCGCGUGGCCGGUAAUCGGUCACCUCCCCCUGUUGGCAGGAACCGAGACUCCCCACCGAACUCUGGGAGCCAUAGCUGACAAGUACGGACCACUUUUUACAGUCCGGCUUGGGUUGCGCCAUGCCCUGGUUUUGAGCAGUUGGGAGAUGGCCAAGGAGUGCUUUACCACCAACGACGCGGCGGUGUCUUCGCGGCCAAAACUCGUCGCCGUCGAACACCUGGGCUAUAACUACGCCAUGUUUGGCUUCGCGCCCUAUGGACCCUACUGGCGAGAAUUGCGUAAAAUAGUCACCUUACAGCUACUGUCAAACCGCCGGCUGGAGCUGCUUUCCUACAUUCGAGUCUCCGAAGUCAAGGCCUCCGUAGAAGAGCUAUUCAAACUCUGGUCCGCGAAAAAGAACGGGUCGGGUCAGAUUUUGGUGGAGCUGAAGCAGUGGUUCGGGGAUAUGAGUCUCAACGUGAUUCUUAGGAUGGUUGUCGGAAAGCGGUACUUCUCUGUUGGAGAGGUGGGUGAUGAGAACGCGGGCGGGGCACGGCGUCGUUGCCAUAAGGCGCUGGAGGAAUUCUUUCAUUUGCUCGGGUUGUUUGUGGUGUCGGACGCCAUUCCUUUUCUUGGGUGGUUAGAUUUUGGCGGACAUGAGAGGGCAAUGAAGAAAACUGCAAAAGAAUUGGAUAGCAUUCUUGGUGAGUGGCUGGAAGAGCAUAAGCGUAAGAGAGCUUCAGGCGCCGUGGCCGGAGGGGAGCAAGAUUUCAUGGACGUGAUGCUUUCUGUCCUUGAUGGCAAAGUCCUUGCAGGUUAUGAUGCUGAUACGAUCAACAAAGCCACGUGUCUGAGCAUGAUUGCAGGAGGCAGUGACACCAGCAUGGUUACCUUAACUUGGGCAAUAUCGCUAUAUAUGAACCUCGAUCCAGCAAUAAAAUCCCAAACACAAGGAUCUGAGGAGUUCCAUCUACCUGUAUCAGUAGAUGAGCGUAGGGCACAACAUGAAGCGUUGAAUGAUAUUGGCCGCAAGCACCGCUCGUGGAAGUUGAAGUUCAAAACCAAGCUAAAAAUUUGA